GUGAGUGGGAAAUAACUCAAUUCCACAACACAACCCAACACGCAUUCUCUCUUCUUCCUUUUUUUCCUUUCUUAAUUUUUUUCCUUGUCAAAUCAUUUUCCUGAAUUUUCGGUAAAUGUAACGGACUGUGUUCUUUAGAGAAACCGCGUUUACCGGCGAACCGGCUCUUCCUCUAGCCGUAACUCGACGUAGGAGAGAUCUACCAUUUGGCGACGCCGCCGACUCUGCCGCUUUUGGGAGCUGCGAGGAGGGAUUUUUUUCUACCAUUGUCGAAAAAUCAGCUCUUUUUCUUCUCCAGAUCCCUAAUCGGUUUUUGUUUAGCUCAAUCUGUCUCACCGGUUGGUGUUAAAAGGGUCGGUUUUUAGAAGCUAUGGUUCUUGAUGGGAUUGUAUCAUCGCCGUUAAGGAGGCCACAUGCCCUGAAGAAGCAAUGGGAGGACUUGGGUAGCUGCUCCACUGUUGUCCAGCGGCAUCGCUUCCUUUUAACCGCUAUGCUUCUUUUAGCAUUCCUCUGCACCAUUUAUAUCUACUUUGCCGUCACAUUAGGCGCCAGGCACUUGUCCUGUUCAGGAAUGACCGGCAAAGAAAAGGCAAUGUGUCAAAUGGAACACGUCCAAGCCACUUUCUCCAAAGGAAAACUUAAAUUCUUCUAGGCUCAAAGCUGAUAAAACGCAAUAUUGUAUAAAACAUUCGUUUUCUCUUGUCCUUGUAUUGCAAUGUGUCUGUAACAACAGUCUUAAGAAUGGCUUCUUAUGUUUAAUCAGAAUCUACAUUUUGCUUGGACCAUGUCCCAAGGUUAUCCCCACAAUCAUUGUACAAAUUGAUAUUUCCUGUAA